AUGUUCGGUUGUUUCAACCGGAAGUUCAAGAUCAGCGAGUCGGAGCCGCCGCCGGACGUGCGGGAGGCGUUCUGGCGGUAUGCGGAGGGUUCCGAUCACAUGACGGCCUAUCAGCUCCACCGGUUCAUGGUGGACCACCAGCAUGACGUGGCGUGCACCACCAGCCAAGUGGAUGCCGUGAUGCAGGCGGUUUUCAGCCACCGUCACCACUCGGACUCGAGGCGCCACCACCACCACUUCACGCUCGAGGACUUCUUCUAUUACCUCUUUCAGGACGACCUCAAUGGCCCCGUUUGUCCCACGGUCCGUGUCCACGUCACCUUUUUAGCCCCAUUUUGUCCCUUUUUAGCCCCAACGGCCCCGUUUGUCCCACCACCACCAGAUGUGCACCAUGACAUGACUGCUCCAUUGCAACAUUACUUCAUAUACACAGGUCACAAUUCAUAUUUGACUGGAAACCAGCUCAGCAGUGACUGCAGCGAAAUCCCGAUCGUUAAAGCUCUCGAAAAUGGCGUGAAGGGCAUAGAGCUCGAUUUGUGGCCUAAUUCCGCAAAGGACAACGUGCAUGUACUUCAUGGAAGGACUCUAACAACUCCAGUGCCACUCAUGAAAUGCUUGAAGUCCAUUAAAGAGCACGCGUUCGUUAAAUCUCCCUACCCCGUUAUUAUUACAUUAGAGGAUCAUCUUACACCAGAACUUCAGGCUAAAGUGGCAGAGAUGGUGUCUCAAAUUUUCGGAGACAUGCUAUAUUGCCCUGAAUCGGGUUGCUUGGAGGAAUUUCCUUCGCCUGAGGCCUUAAAACACAAAAUCGUACUCUCCACAAAGCCACCAAAAGAAUACCUGGGCACGAAUAUUGUUAACAACAAGGAUGGAGAAUCCUCGUCGCCAAAGGAAAAAUAUUCUUCUGACGACGAGCCUGAACCACCCGAAGGUGAUGACAAGAGUGAUAGUGAUGAUGAAGAUUGCGAAAGCUUUAAUCAGAAAUCGGGAGCUGCUGCACCAGAGUACAAGCGUCUCAUAGCCAUCCAUGCAGGGAAUGCGAAAAACAAGAGCUUGAGGCAAGUGCUCAAAAUCCGAGGUAAUAAAGCCGUUAGACUUAGUUUGAGCGAACAAGAACUCGAAAAGGCUGCCGCAUUGUACGCUACUGAUGUAGUAAGGUUUACACAAAAGAACAUAUUGAGGGUAUAUCCUAAGGGAACGCGCGUGACCUCGUCGAACUUUAGGCCGAUUAACGGGUGGAUUCACGGAGCACAAAUGGUCGCUUUUAACAUGCAGGGGUAUGGAAAAUCCUUAUGGAUGAUGCAAGGUUUGUUUAGAUGCAACGGCGAGUGUGGUUACAUUAAAAAACCGGACGUUCUUAUGGAGAAAAACCGAAGCAACGAGCCCUUUGAUCCCAGUUUACCGUGGCCAGUCAGAAAAACGUUAAAGGUAAUCGUGUACAUGGGAGACGGUUGGCGUAUGGAUUUCAGCCAUACGCAUUUCGACACGUUUUCGCCACCGGAUUUCUAUACAAAGAUAUACAUACUCGGCGUGCCAGCCGAUGAUGCAAAGAGGAAAACACGGGUAAUAGAAGACGAUUGGGCUCCAUAUUGGGACCAAGAGUUCACAUUCCCGUUAAGAAUACCCGAAUUAGCUUUAUUGAGGAUAGAAGUUCGAGAGUAUGAUAGAUCGGAUAAAGAUGAUUUUGGUGGGCAAACGUGCUUGCCCGUGUCUGAGUUGAGACCUGGAAUUCGAGCUGUCCCAUUGUACGACAAGAAAGGAAAGAAGUUUAAGUCCGUGAGGCUUCUCAUGCGGUUUAAGUUCGAAUGAUUUGCGCAUUUUUCUCUGUAUGUUUUGUUCUUUGGAAAAAAGAAAGGAAAAAAAUGUGGUUCUUUCUCUUGGACAAUGAUGUUUUGCUUGAUUUUUUCUCAGGUCCAUUAGUGAGUAAUAUCUAUGUACAUUAGUUUGCUGCAUUUGUUGAGAACAAGAGAGAUCAUAUGUAUAUGGAAUGUGGUGAAU